GUUUGAAGUCAGCCUUUGAUAUUAAAUUUGCAUUAAGUUUCACAGCAUCAUUUCUGCUUCGUCGCCUUCAAAGAAAAACAAUCAUCCUCUUGUCUUACUUCUGGUAUACAAAGGGUCGGCAAAGCAGCUUUGUGUUCUUAAGUUUACAUUCCUAAGUGACCGUGGUGAAGAACACACGCAAAAGAUGCGACGUAUGGUAGCAAUUUGUGUCGCUUUUCAAGUCUUUCUUCUACAUCAGGUUGUCAUUAGGGCUUCGUACUACAGUCCACAAUCAGAGCUGAUACAACUUUAUAAGAGCAAAAGAUGUUUCAAGUGGUGCCCAUCUGGUCGUGAAUGYUCUCUACAGGAAGGAAAAGAAGUGUGUGUCUGUCUUUCUAAAUGUCCAUCAAGACACAAACCAGUGUGCGGUUCUGAUGGCAAGCAAUAUGAGAAUCACUGUGAGCUUCACAGAACAGCUUGUGUUACUAAGACUAAGAUUAAAAUCGACUGGGGUAAUCGAUGUACUGUCAAUCAAGAAAACUACAGACACUCUGAAAUAAUAGUCUCCAAAGGAGAUGCUUCCAAGAAAGAUAGCGAAAAACUUCAAGAGCAAGAUGUAAAUCUAGAAGUUUUUACAGAGAAGCCAAAAGAGCCAAUGGCUAUUGAUAAAGAAUCAGAAAAACUCGCAGGUCCUAAGAAAAUCAACAAUCUGCUCUUUGCAUUUGGAAAUGAUGGUAUCUACGUAAUCGACCCAGAGAACUUAUCAUCAUUGGUAAAGCACAUCAAAGCUACCGAUGUCAUUGGUAGUUCUCAGUCAACCACAUGCACAGGAACCCCACAAAAGCCUUGUACAUGGGGWGGKGCUGUGAAUGCAGGGAAUAAGAAAAUAUUUGCCGCUGAUUCUCAAGGACGAAGGCUYAUUGUGAUUGACKUGGAGAGCCUUUUAGUGGUGGAAGUGAUCGGUACGAAUACGUAUCCAUAUAAACCUCAGUAUGUGGAAACAUCAGAUGAACUAUGGUUUUCUGGAUUAACUACUGCUUUAGAWGAUCUUACUGAAGAAGAAGGUGACAACGGUACGAUUCAUGUACUAUCUAAGGCAACUCAAAAAGGGCCCCAUUAUGUCACGCAAGUAACUACAAAAAAUCCCAUAUAUGGUCUUCACAUAACAGACACUUGUCACACGCGUGAUGAGGAGAAGUUUGGUUAUGUCACGUACUUAGAUGAGCCAGGUUUUCAUGAAGUUAAUUUGAAGGAGAAAGAAAUCGCGCGAUUUUUUAACCUCAGUAUUCACGGUUGUCAUGGAACAUAUGGGUUUGCGUUAUCCGUCACGACCGGUCACGCAAUAGCCCACUGUUACACCKCUAAAGAUGGCGGCCAACGACGUCAAUUUAUCGUCGACCUGAAGACACAAGAAGUGGUCGCUGUUACAACAAUCAACAUAGGAAUUCCCCAUGCCUCCCCUGACGGGAGAUUUGUACUGACGCUAAAUGAACACACGCUGUCAGCGGUUUACUUUAACCAUGAUGGAACAAUAGAAUURGGAGAGCCAAUCAAAACAAAUAUGCUUUUGAGUGACGUUGCUUUCAUUCCUAGAGAUUACGGAUAUGACGUGUAUGUGACGUCUAAGGAUUCGCAAAGCAUUGUGGUCAUUCAUCUAAAUCCGUCCGGUAUGGAGAUACUAGAGGUGCUUACAAGCUUAGGCACACCAAAUAUGGGAAAAGACUGGCUACAUACAAAACGCGACAUAGUGAUUGGAUGCGAGGGCCAUGCGCACUUCCUAGCAACUCCUGCAUCGGCUGAGAGUGCAAUCUUUAUAAUUGAUGGUGAGCAGCGUUCAGUCGCUGGGAAAGUGGAAAAUGUCAYGGGUGUGGCUUGGGUAGUUUGGCUUGGCAAGGAAGACAUCUAGCAAUAUAUAGACUACCUCAUGUCUUUAAAUCCGACUUUUCAUGUCUGUGAUCAGUGUAUUUUGAUCAGUAUUUCUCUGAGGCUAAUGGAUCACACAAUGUCUAUAUGCAGUUUUGACUUGACCGUCUUAUAUAGGAAUCACAAUGAACUUUUUAAAUAUUGCUUCGUUAGGUCUCGUACAUGGGAAUCAUUUAUGUGAAUCACAAAAAAGCGGGCUUAGUUAUCCAAAACUGUUACUACUUUAUCACUUAAGAAAUAAAGUUUUUAAUGUUUGUUGAA